AUGAUUUCUCCUAAGUAUUCCACUACUCACUACUUCUAUUCUGCUGCAGAGUUUGCAACUGCCAAGACUGCUCCUCACACAGUUAAUUUAUAUUUGGACUAUAACUGUCCAUUUAGUGCCAAAAUCUUCUUCAAAUUGAAGGAAUCAGUAAUCCCUAAACUUAACGAAAAAUAUCCAAAUAAAUUCCAAUUUGUGUACGUCAAUGUUAUCCAACCUUGGCACCCGAAUUCUGAGUUUUUGAAUGAAUUCUCCCUCGUUGUUGCCAAGUUGUUGAGGGAAGACCCUUCAGCAAAGAAUACCAAUUCAUUGUUCUGGGAAUUUUCCAACUUGAUUUUCAAAAAUAAGGAGAAAUUUUUCGAUGAAGCCAAUGCUGACUUGAAUAGAAAUGAAAUUUACAAGUCAAUCGCGGAUUUGCCAGGCUUUGAUAGCCUUGGAUUACCAUUUCCAAAAUCCAAGAUCUUAGACCAAUUGACCAUCGUAAAGGACGGAAACCCAACCAAUAAGGGAAAUGGUGCGACUGUUGAUGUGAAAUAUUUCACCAAAUAUUUGAGAGGUGUAGGUGUCCAUGUCACCCCUACAGUUAGUGUGGAUGGAAUUGUAAACAAUUCAGUAUCUUCCGGUGAUGAAAUUGACACCCUUGUGAAAGUUUUUAGCGAAUCUAUCUAG